CUCUCUCUCUCUCUCUCUCUCUCACAAGCUCUGAAGAAAGAUGCUGAAAUAUUUUUGUUGCAGUUGUGGUGAAUCAAGAACAAACCAGAGUUUUAACAAGAGUACUUCACAUCCAUGGGAGGCAUACAACUUGAAAGAACUCCUCCAUGCAACAAACAACUUCCAUGAUGAAAACAAGCUUGGAGAAGGUGGCUUUGGUACUGUCUAUUGGGGCCGAAACAAUAAAGGCGUUGAGAUAGCGGUGAAACGGCUCAAGUCAAUGACUGCAAAAGCGGAGAUGGAGUUUGCAGUGGAAGUGGAGAUUUUAGGAAGAGUGAGACAUAAAAAUUUACUAGCUCUCCGGGGUUUUUAUGCCGGUGGAGAUGAAAGACUCAUUGUCUAUGAUUACAUGCCUAAUCAUAGUCUUGUCUCUCAUCUCCAUGGUAAACUUGCCUCUGAAGUUAAAUUAGAUUGGAAUCGAAGAAUGAGUGUUGCUAUUGGAGCAGCCGAAGGUCUAUUGUAUUUGCAUAGUGAAGUGAGUCCUCAUAUAAUACAUAGAGACAUAAAGGCGAGCAAUGUGUUAUUAGACUCAGACUUUAAUGCUAAAGUUGCCGAUUUUGGGUUUGCAAAACUAGUUCCGGAUGGCAUGACUCAUGUGACCACAAAAGUGAAAGGAACACUUGGGUACUUGGCUCCGGAGUAUGCAAUGUGGGGGAAAGCAUCAAAUAGUUGCGAUGUUUAUAGUUUCGGAAUACUACUUCUAGAAUUAGUAACCGGUCGGAAACCGAUCGAGAAACUUCCCGGUGGUAUAAAGCGGGAUAUUGUGCAUUGGGUGACACCGAUGAUUGAAAAUGGACGAUGGAGUAAUAUCAUUGAUCCAAGAUUAGGUGGAAAAUAUGAUCCGAUGCAAUUGAGGAAUGCGGUGGUUUUGGCGAUACGGUGUACUAACGGUGAUUCAGAGAGCCGACCGACGAUGAUGGAGGUGGUGGAGUUCCUUAGAGGUGGAAUGAAGGAUGUGAGGAAGAAGGAGGUGGUGGUGAUGAAGAAUGGAUUGGAUGAUCAUGAAGAUUAUGAAGAUGAUUAUGAUAUAGGGGUGAGUCAAACACCUGAUCAACAGUGUGCAAAGUCAAGCUAUAAGUUAUCAAGGUAAUGAACAUAAAAAAAUUAUUAUGUUGGUUAAUUGUUUAAUAUGCCUGUGUGUGUGAUUGGGAGUUAUAGUUUGCUGCCAAUAUAUUUGUUUAAUUAUUUUAUAAAAAUAAUAUGAUGGCUUUAUGACUUCAAUGAUAUUAUGGCUCAGCUUUG